AUGGGUAAAGUCACAUUUCGAUCCUUGAAUGGAAAAGCUGCAAAGAGAAUUGCAGCAGUGGCCCUGGUCACUACUUUAUUUGUGAUUAUUUUAAAUAUAUCAUCAACUUUUAACAAACAAUCCUCGUCUCAAAGUUACGAACUUAAAGAAAAUAGCUUGAUUUAUACUAAAUUGAAGCAAGAACCCUAUCAUGGAGAAAAGCCUAAGGCAACGUUCGUCACAUUAGCUAGAAAUAAAGAUCUUUCGUCAUUAUUAGAUUCUAUUAAAUCUAUGGAAGAUCGAUUUAAUCACAAAUUUCAAUAUGAUUGGGUAUUUUUAAAUGAUGAUGAAUUCACCGAAGAAUUUAUUAAUGCCACUAGUAUAAUAGUUAGUGGGACAGCCAAAUAUGGUAGAAUUCCUAAAGAACAUUGGUCCUUCCCUGAAUGGAUUGAUCAAGAUAAAGCAGCCGCGGUUCGGAAAAAAAUGAAAGAAGAUAAAAUUAUUUACGGUGAUUCGAUUUCUUAUAGACAUAUGUGUAGGUUUGAGAGCGGAUUUUUUUAUAGGCAUCCUUUGCUGAAAGAAUAUGAUUGGUAUUGGAGAGUCGAACCACAAGUUAAGUUCUUUUGUGACAUUGAUUACGAUGUUUUCAAAUUUAUGCAAGAUAAUAACAAAAAAUAUGGGUUUUCAAUAUCGAUGAAAGAGUAUAUGCAAACAAUACCGACUCUAUGGGAUACUACUAAAAAAUUCUUAGCCAAGAAUCCGGAAUUCAUUCAUCCAAAUAAUAUGUUAGAUUUCAUUAGUGACGAUAAUGGUGAAUCAUUUAAUAGAUGUCAUUUUUGGUCUAAUUUCGAGAUAGCAUCUCUUGAUCUUUGGAGAAGUGAAGCGUAUUCCAAAUAUUUCAAAGCUUUAGAUGAAGCAGGUGGAUUCUUUUAUGAAAGGUGGGGUGAUGCGCCAAUCCAUAGUAUGGCAGCAGCACUGUUCCUGGAUAGAGAUGAAAUACAUCAUUUCGGUGAAAUGGGUUAUUAUCAUCCUCCAUAUACGGCCUGCCCAAUUGAGUUAGAUACCAGGGUGAAGAAUAAAUGUUACUGUAAACCAGAAAAGGACUUUACUUGGCAGGAUUAUUCUUGUACUUUGAAAUUUUACAACGUAAACAGAUUAAAGAAACCACAAGGUUGGGCACAAUUUUCUGAAGAUGAAGAAUGA